ACUCCUGGCUGGGAGCCUUUCUUGGAACACGCUGCUUGCGUGACCCCAGCGUGGGCAGUGCGACUGAGAGCCGCGGUGUGCCGUGCCACGCCAUCGGGACCACUUCCCUGCCACACAAAGGAUGGAGGGUGAGAGCCAGGCUGUUCCUGGAGGUGGAAAAGGAGCCAGGCAGGCCGUAAGGACGGCUCUCCAUCUGCCCCAGCUCCCUGGCACACGGCAGGGAUGGGAUGCUCAGGUUCGCCGGGUGCCGACCGGCAGCACAGGCCCUUUGGAGAGCUGCUAGGUGACUACGACAAGGUGAAGGCGGUGUCCGAAGGCUCCGACUGCCGCUGCAAAUGCCUGGUCAGACCCCUGGGCCGUGGCGCCUGCCAGAGGAUUAACGAGGGUGCCUUCAGAGCGGAGGAUUUUUACACGGUGGAAACCAUCACGUCAGGACCCAGCUGCAAGUGUGCGUGCGUUGCCCCCCCCUCAGCUCUCAACCCUUGCGAGGGCGACUUCAGGCUGAAAAAGCUGCGGGAGGCAGAAAGCAGCGACCUGAAGCUCUCCUCCAUCGUUGAGAUGCUGGAAAGUGCCUUUUAUGGCUUAGACCUACUGAAGCUGCACUCAGUCACGACCAAGCUGGUGGGUCGGGUGGAGAAGCUCGAGGAGGGCAUGUCCAGGAACUUCACGCAGGAAGGCCAGCGGGCAGGAGCCAGCGGGGAGGAGGUUCUGCAGGAUCCCCCAGACAGGGAAAACUGCUCUAGGCUCCUCACCAACAGCCUGGCCGACAUCGAGAGCUCUCUGCAGCGGGACGCCGAGGCUGCCUACGCUCACUCAGAGGGAAGAUAUGAAGAAAGAUUCCUGAAGGAUGAAACCAUCUCCCAGCAGAUCAACUCUGUGGAAUCCCUCCCAGAGCUGCACCUCUCUCUGGAGGACAAGAAGCCUGAGCAGCUCUUGCAGAGGAAGCUGCGGGUGAGGAGCCGGCCUCCUUCCAAGCCCACUAUUGUCCGAGGGGUCACCUACUACAAAGCCCAGUCCACCGAGUCAGAGAAUGACAUCGAGGAGCAACGUGAGUUGGCGGACGAGCUGUUCAGCGGGGACAACACGGUGGACCUGCUGAUAGAGGACCAGCUUCUGAGGCCCAGCAGCAGGGCAGGCGAGCCCAUGAGAAAGCCCUCCCCAGUGGGGUGGCCGCCCACCCCUGGCAUAGCUCCCACCACCCUGCCAGCUGCUGGCACUGCUGCGGCAUCCAUGGUGCCGCUGUCCCCUGCCAUGCCAGACCCCACCGCCGUGAGCUUGCUGAUGCCCACCCCGGAGUCCGUGACUGCCCCGGCAGGGCUGGCAGAGGAGGGGACCCCACAGCUACCGGCAGGCAUGGCCAGCACGGUGGUGGCCACAGCCACAGAGAACUUGCUCGUGGCCACCCCCGCUGGAGGCUGGAGUGACAUGGAGCACAGCCCAGGAGCUUGGGUCCAGGCAAACACCCCUGCAACGCCGGUCAGCCCGGCCAUCCCUGCCACCCCAAAGGAGGGCCUGGAGGAGGAGGACAUCAGGAACAUCAUUGGGCGCUGCAAAGACACGCUGUCCACCAUCUCGGGGCCCACCACCCAGAACACCUACGGGCGUAACGAGGGAGCCUGGAUGAAGGACCCCCUGGCCCAGGAGGAGCGGAUCUAUGUCACCAAUUACUACUAUGGAAACACCCUGGUGGAGUUCAGGAACCUUGACAAUUUCAAGCAAGGUCGCUGGAGCAACUCCUACAAGCUCCCGUACAGCUGGAUUGGGACAGGGCACGUUGUCUACAACGGUUCCUUCUACUAUAACCGGGCCUUCACGCGCAACAUCAUCAAGUACGACCUGAAGCAGCGCUACGUGGCCGCCUGGGCCAUGCUGCACGACGUGGCCUACGAGGAGUCCACCCCGUGGCGGUGGCGAGGCCACUCCGACGUGGACUUUGCCGUGGACGAGAACGGCCUGUGGAUCAUCUACCCAGCCAUCAGCUAUGAGGGCUUCAACCAGGAGGUGAUCGUGCUGAGCAAGCUGAACGCGGCCGACCUCAGCACUCAGAAGGAGACCACGUGGCGGACGGGGCUGCGCAAGAACUUCUACGGGAACUGUUUUGUCAUCUGUGGGGUCCUGUAUGCGGUCGACAGCUACAACAAGAGGAAUGCCAACAUCUCCUAUGCCUUUGACACGCACACCAACACGCAGAUCAUCCCCAGGCUGCUCUUUGAGAACGAGUACGCCUACACCACGCAGAUAGACUAUAACCCCAAGGACCGCCUGCUCUACGCCUGGGACAAUGGCCACCAAGUCACCUACCACGUCAUCUUUGCCUACUGAGACCCCCCACCACAGUGGGGCACUGCAAGCCAGGGGCCACCAGCACCUUUUAUUAUUAUUUUAAUUGUUAUUAUUGUUAUUUUGUACAAAUUGAAGAGUGAAUGAUG